CAUGACCAUUUCUUAUUCUUCCAGGUGUUUCUCUGCCAUCCGUGAUGUUUCCAAGGUGCAAUUUUUGGAGGAUACCAUUAAGAUUGCCGAAGAAGCUGCAGAAAUUCCGGGUCAGUACAAUUUUGACCAUUAUCAAGUGCGUGCUCGGUUGGCUAUCAUUGACAAAUCAUUGAAGGAAGCGGAGAACAUUUACCUGGAACAGAAUCAAGUUGAUGAAGCUAUCCAGAUGUACCAAAAUAUGCAUAUGUGGCAGGAGGCCAUAGAAGUAGCAGAGGCAAAGUGUCACCCAAACGUGGACGGACUCAAGCAGCACCACUACAACUGGCUCAUCGACACCGGACAGAAUGAAGCGGCUGGACAGGUGAAAGAGAAAGAAGGCGACUACAACGUGGCCAUCAACCUCUACCUCAAAUCUGGAUUGCCCACCAAGGCUGCCCGGGUUGUGACCAACCAUGAGAACCUUCUCUCCAACACUGAACUGACGUCUCGAAUCGCCUCCGCCCUUGUCAAAGCAGAGCUUUACGAACAAGCAGGAAACCUUUACGAGAAAACAGGGGAGUUUGCCCGUGCCUUGCAGUCGUAUCGAAAAGGACGCAGCUAUCAACAAGCCGUAGAACUAGCCAGGCGCUGCUUCCCCAGUGAUGUGGUCGGCCUGGAAGAACAGUGGGGGGAGUACCUGGUCUCCCAGAAGCAGCUCGAUGCUGCCAUUAACCAUUUUAUCGAGGCAGGGUGCACCACGAAAGCUAUUGAAUCCGCCAUCAGCUCAAACCAAUGGAAAAAAGCCGUCCAGAUCCUCGAGCUGCAGGACUCGUCCACCGUCACUAAGUACUACAAGAAGAUCGCUGACCAUUACUCUCAGGUCAAGGAGUACAAGAUUGCCGAGCGUCUCUAUUUGGCUGCGGAUUGUAUGAAGGAGGCAGUGGACAUGUACAACGAAGUCGGAAUGUGGCAGCAGGCUCAUAAGCUCGCUUCCAAGUUCAUGAAUGCUGACGCGGUGACAGCCCUCUACGUGACCCAGGCAGACAAACUCCGCGAUCAGGGCAAAGUGAAAGAAGCAGAAAGGCUCUUCCUUACCGUCGAGGAACCCGAGCGUGCGAUUGCCAUGUACAAACAGCUGAAGAUGUACCCAGAUGUUCUGCGACUGGUGAAGCUCUAUCAUCGGGACAUGCUGGAAGAGACCUACUGCCGACUUGCCAAGGAAGUUGAAUCUGAUGGGAACCUACGUCAGGCUGAGGAAUACCUGCUUAGUGCCAACAAUGCCAAAGCAGCGAUAAAUAUGUACCGGUCUCAGAAUAUGUGGUCUGAUGCCUACAGA